CAAAAACCAAUAUGGCGGAUGGCGGUAGGGAGAAAAAUUGAGAUUGAUAUGUGCAAAAUAUCAUGUUAUAACACAACCAAAUACAUUUUGUUGUGACCACACAUACCAAGAUGAUGGUAGCUUCACCGCUGAGUCCGCAUGAUGCCUCGGCACAACUUACAACUUUUAAAUCAUAUGUGGCGUUGAUUGAUGAUCCGACACCGGGAAUUGUGGAGAAAAAACUGAAAGCUGCACAAGAACUGAGUGAGAACUUUGAGGUCCGAGGCUUCUGGCAGAGUGUAGUGCUCUCCCCUCAGUACCCACAAUUCCUAGCUGAUGCCUUGCGAGUGUUCCUAAAGAUCCUGGAGGAGGGAGAACCUCAGUUUAUAGCAGAACAAAAUAUGCAGCAAUUGAGAAAGUUAUUACUGGAGAUUAUACACCGGAUUCCCAGUAAUGACCACCUGAAGAAGUUUGUACAGCAGAUCCUGUCUCUCAUGUUUAAACUUCUAAAGAUUGAGAAUGAGGAGAAUGUGUUGGUUUGUUUACGGAUCAUCAUAGAACUUCACAAACAGUACCGUCCACAGAUGAAUGAAGAGAUCAAAGAUUUCCUGACGUUCGUGAAGAGUAUCUAUAAUGCGAUCCCUAACCACCUGCCAAAGAUCUUCGAGCCUCACAGUCAGGUGAAGGUGAAAGACGUAAUGGAGAUCAACGUUGACGCUCUUCUACAGGAAACGUUCACCGUCACCACCAUCAUGACUGAUAAGAAAAAUGCUGACAACCAAAACAUUUCCUAUAACAUCAUUCCCCGUGGUAUCCUGUCACUAAAAGUACUGGCUGAGCUGCCCAUUAUCGUGGUACUGAUGUACCAGCUGUACAAACAGAACGUCCAUCAGGAGGUCGCAGACUUCAUUCCUCUCAUCAUGAACACCAUCAUACUACAGCCUGCGAGCGUUCACAGAUCGAGUCCUUCGUUUAACAAGGAAGUGUAUGUGGAUUUUAUCGCAGCCCAGAUAAAAACUUUAUCCUUCCUGGCUUAUAUCAUCAGGUUUUACCAGGAACAAGUCCAGGUACAUGCGACCCCGAUGAUGAAAGGUCUUUUGGGAUUGCUUACCUAUUGUCCACAGGAAGUUGCCCAUCUCCGCAAAGAUCUGCUGAUUGCUGCACGACACAUUCUCGCCACUGACCUAAGAAAUAAGUUUGUCCACUGUAUAGACAAGUUGUUUGAUGAGAACGUGUUGAUUGGUUCUGGUUGGACGACGUACGAGUCUCUCCGCCCCCUUGCCUAUAGCACUCUGGCUGAUCUUGUUCACCAUGUCCGGCAGGCUUUGCCUUUGAACGAGCUGUCACUAGCUGUGAACCUGUUCAGUAAGAAUGUUCACGAUGAGUCCCUGCCAAGCUCCAUCCAGACAAUGUCCUGUAAACUCCUGUUGAAUCUUGUCGAGUGUAUUCGUGCCAAGAGUGAACAGGAAAAUGGAAAUGGGAGAGAACUCCUGAUGAGGAUGCUAGAGGUCUUUGUUCUCAAAUUUAAAACAAUCGCCAAGAUACAGCUUCCACAGAUUCUACAGAAAUGCAAACAACAGCCCCAGACCUCAAACAACAACCAUCAGCAACCUAUCGACCCCAAAACACCAGCAGCUGAUGUCAAACCAACACUGGAACUCCCAAAAGUUGCUGCCGAGGGGUUAAAGGCAGGACUCGACAUUUCUAAACCUCCCGGCGACUCGGUGAAGGACGACAACAAACUGCCGUCUCAGGGUCUGCUGUCCGACACUGUUAAGGACAAGGAGGACAAACCAUGGACAGAGAAGGGACCAGGGGAGAAUCGGUUUGGCGUGACACCGAGUCAGUAUACAACAUAUUCAGUGACUGACUGUCGCGGUCUGGUGAAGACGCUAGUCUGUGGGGUGAAGACCAUCACGUGGGGGAUCGUAUCCUGUAAAGCGGCCGGAGUUGAUGCAACAGUGAUGCAGAGUAAACAGUUCCUACCAAAGGAAGCCCUCGUCUACAUCCGCCUGGUGAAGUAUGCUCUUCAAGCUCUCGACAUCUACACCAUCAAUGUAUCGCCCUCAGGACAGGCCGUCAUCAGGCCUGCUGUGGUACAGAGUGUAAGAACUAAGGAAGAGAAAGAGGUUCUCGAACACUUCGCUGGAGUGUUUACCAUGAUGCAUACUCUGACAUUCAAGGAGAUAUUCGCUCAGACAGUCGAGUAUAUGGUGGAUAGAAUUCACAACAACUACGCACUCCAGAUCGUGGCCAACUCCUUUCUUGCAAAUCCAACAACCUCGGCCACUUUUGCCACAAUACUAGUUGACUACCUGUUGGCUCGUCUGGAGGAGAUGGGAUCUACAAUGGACCGGUCAAAUCUGUACCUGAAACUCUUCAAACUGGUGUUUGGUUCUGUGUCCUUGUUUGCUGCGGAGAAUGAGAAGAUGCUGAAGCCCCACCUACAUACCAUCGUGAACCGAUCCAUGGAGUUAGCAAUGAGUGCCAAGGAGCCAUAUAACUACUUCCUGUUGUUGCGGGCGUUGUUCCGCUCUAUUGGAGGCGGUAGUCAUGACCUUCUCUACCAAGAAUUCCUGCCGUUGCUGCCAAACUUACUGCAAGGUCUAAACAGUCUACAGAGUGGACUACACCGCCAGCACAUGAAAGAUCUGUUUGUUGAGCUCUGUCUCACGGUGCCUGUCCGGCUCAGCUCUCUCCUACCCUACUUACCCAUGCUGAUGGACCCCCUGGUGUCCGCACUUAACGGGUCCCAGACCCUAGUCAGUCAGGGUUUGCGGACACUAGAGCUGUGUGUGGAUAACCUCCAGCCGGACUUCCUGUACGACCACAUACAGCCUGUCAGGGCAGAGCUAAUGCAGGCUCUGUGGAGGACCCUACGUAGUCCUGUUGACAACAUUGCCCAUGUGGCAUUCCGGGUGCUGGGAAAGUUUGGAGGAGGUAAUAGGAAGAUGUUACGGGAGCCACAGAGGCUACAGUACAAUGACCGGGAGACAGUCGGACCCUGUAUCACCAUCUACUUUCAGGAUGUAAAAACUCCCAUCACUCUCCCUGUGGAAAAGGCGAUUGACGCUGCUCUCACCACACUCAAAUGCAGUACCUCUGACAACUUCGCACGCCGCCAGGCCUGGGAACUCAUCAAGUGUUUCUUGGUGUCUGUGAUGAAUCUAGAGGACGACAAACAAACACUGACUAACCUCUUCACCCACCCCAGUUUCACUGAGAAGGAAAUUCCCCUACAGACAGGACCACUAUAUAAAAACCCGGACUCCCACUCACGAAGAGUCCACGAACAGGCACUGACUGGCAUGUUUGUUGCUGCAGCCAUCAAAGAGCUACGCCAGACGGUUCUGACCUUUAUGGCGUGUAUGGUACGACACUACACAAUGAUCUCAAUAUCACAGCAGUGUGGCCCCUUCCCAGUGGGAGAGAAACAGAGCAAGCUACACGGGAUGGACACACAGAUCCUGAUCGACGCGCUGGCGGUCAUCAUGGGACACGAGGAGAAGGAGUUAUGUAAGCCUGGUAACCUGGCCCUCAUUCUCAUUCUGGACACGGCUACCACCAUACUGGGCAGUAAAGAGAAGGCAUGUCAACUGCCCAUGUUUGACUAUCUAGUGGAGAGGAUGUGCUCCUUGUGUUAUGACCGUGCCUGGUAUGCCAAAUGUGGAGGGUGUCUAGCUAUCAAGUUUAUGUAUGAGAGGAUGUCGCUGAAGUGGGUGCUGGAACACCAGUUUACUUUCCUGAAGGCCCUUCUGUUUGUCAUGAUGGAUCUCACCAAGGAGGUGUCAAGUGGGGCGGUAGAUCUGGCUAAAUACAACCUGGAGAAUAUGCUAACCAAGUGUGCCCAGGAGAUAAAAUCAGAGGAGGCAAAUGAGGAGCUGCUGGCGGUGCAGAAAAAAUCAUUCAACGAUGUCACGCAUGAACUGGUGCGGCAGAUCACAUCGCCCAAUACAACAGUCAGGGAGCAGGCAAUGCAUUCCCUGGAGGUCCUUGCAAAAACCACCAAUAAGUCUGUGACGGAGAUUAUGGAACCCCAAAAACAGGUGCUACAGGACAUGAUACCGCCCAAAAAACACCUGUUACGUCACCAGCCCGCCAACGCUCAGAUAGGUCUGAUGGAUGGUAACACUUUCUGUACGACUCUGGAACCACGCCUCUUCACCAUCGACCUCAACGUCUUAGAACACAGUGUGUUCUUUAAUGAGCUGCUGAGUCUGUGUGAAGCUGAAGAUGCAGCUCUACAGAAACUUCCCUGUUACAAGUCGGUCACUGAUCUGGUUCCUCUCCGCAAGAGUGCUCUGCGUGCCCUGGCCGCUUGUCACUACAUACAGAACCAGAGGGAGAAGUUGUUCUCUGUGCUGGACAAAGCUCUCAAUAGUAACAGCUCUGAACUCCAGAGGGUAGCUUUUGACUGCAUGAAGAAGUUUAUCUCGGGCUGCCAGAUAGAAAUUGAGAUUGUUUACAAGAAGAUGCGGCCAUUGCUGUCGACACUGAGUGAUCAUAGCAGCCUGAACAGUAACGUGAUUCAGCGUUUGUCCUACAUCACGCAACUCUUUCCCAACAUCUUUAAUGAGAAAUUCUGUGAACAGCUCCUUAAACACCUCAAGAAAUGGCUAGAUGUGGCGGCCACAAGUCAGAAACCGUCACCAACACAGACUAAAUCUAAUGGCCAGGUAAUCCCUCAGGAGUUGAAGACCUGUGCUGCCAUUAUUGACAUCUUCCACAUGAUACCCGCGGCCAGCAGCAAACUCAUCGAACCCCUCAUACAGAUAACUUUACUAGGGGAGAAAACUCUCUUUCUCGAGGCUGGCAGUCCUUUCCGUGACCCUUUAAUCAACUUCCUGAUGCGGUAUCCUGAAGUCACGGUUGAUUUGUUCCUCAAUGAGACACGCCUGGGUGAUCAACAAUGGACUAGACUCUUCCAUUUUGUAAUUGCCCAUAAGAACGGCAAACAGUUCCGAGAAGUUCUCAAAAACAAUGCUACACGUCUGAUGAACAUUUUCUCCAUAGCCCAGGGAACAACGCCAACCAGUACUGAUGUGUCUGUGUCCUCCCCUGCCCCCUCUCCCACCCCGGGGCCCAAUGUGGAACUGCAGUACCAGGUCAUCAAAUUAAUCAGCCUUCUUGUGAGACACGAGGAAGCUUGGCUGUCACAACACCCCACCAUUGUUACCAGUCUACUACAGCUGUGGAAGUCAGAAGCAUUCCAGGACAGACACAAUAAACUGGAGGCUGUGGAAAUGGUCCACUGGAAGGAGCCAGCCCUCCUGGUCAAGUGUCUCCUCAACUACUUCAAGUACCACACCAAUGAGAAUGAACUACUGUUUCACAUCUUGCGAUGUUUUACCAACCGAUGUGUUGUCCAGUUUCAGUUUGUUAAGGAUUUCCUGGAUAACACUGUAGCUGCGACUUACUCUAUCGAGUGGAAGAGGAGUGCCUUUUUCAAGUUUGUGGACAUCUUCCAUGACACCAAGUGGACACAAGAAAUCAAAGCUAAGAUCCUACAGCACAUCCUUAUCCCGUGUUUCCAUCAGGUGUUUGAGGGUGGUGACGGUGAGAAACUGAUUGGCGGGCCCCCAGCUCCAGACCAGGAUAACAUGGAGAACAUCAUCAGUGUCUUUAUCAACAAAAUCAUUGACCCUGACAACCCGUUUGGGACUUCCGAUGCCGUCAGGAUACUCUUACUUCAGCUGUCGUCGCUACUGGUGGAGCAGGCGUCAUCUCACAUACACGACGCUGCUAAUAAGAAACAAGGGAACAAACUCCGCCGACUGAUGACCUUCGCCUGGCCUUGUCUGCUGUCCAAGAACUGUGUCGACCCGGCCACAAAGUACCAUGGCCACCUUCUACUAUCGCAUAUCAUUGCUAAGUUUGCCAUCCACAAGCGAAUCGUUCUUCAGGUGUUCCACAGUUUACUAAAGGCUCAUGCUGUGGAAGCACGCACUGUUGUGAGACAGGCCCUGGAGAUCCUCACACCAGCCAUGCCAGGACGCAUGGAGGACGGAAAUGGAAUGUUGACUCACUGGACUAAGAAGAUCAUCGUAGAGGAGGGACACACAGUAGCUCAGCUUGUCCACAUACUACAAUUAGUGGUACGUCAUUAUAAGGUGUACUACCCAGUCCGCCAUCAUCUCAUCCCACACAUGGUCAACUCUCUACAUAAACUCGGCUUCACCUCAAGUGCGUCUAUUGAGCACCGUAAGCUGGCAGUAGACUUGGCUGAGGUAGUCAUUAAAUGGGAGAUACAGAGGAUCAAGGACGACCAGGAUCCGUCGUUUGUAGAACCAGCCGGACAGGAACUGAGUCAAGCUCUAACCCAGAACCUCCCAGUAAAACGAUCGACAUCUGUUGAUUCACCUCAGGAGGCCAAGAGAUCACGUCACUCCUCAGGAGCGAGUACACGGAGUCAGUCGGACCUUACUAAGCCCAUUGAGAAGAAUUACUGUGAUGCUGUUGUGAAUUUCUUACUGCGAAUAGCAUGUCAGGUAAAUGAGACACCAGGAUCCCCAGGAGAAAUUUUAUCUCGGCGAUGUGUUGGAUUACUGAAGAUGGCGCUACGCCCCGAUAUCUGGCCGAGCACCGAGCUGAAACUUGUCUGGUUUGAUAAGUUACUGACGACUGUUGAGAACCCUCUACCUAAUUUUAACAAUAUCUGUACCGCCCUGGAGCUGUUGAGUUUUCUUCUCACAAUACUGAAAAAGGAGACAAUUCUGACAAGCUUUAAACCCCUCCAGCGUGGGAUAGCUGCCUGUAUGACGUGUCCUAACACCAAAGUUAUACGGGGUGUACACAGUCUACUGUCCCGUCUCAUGAGCUUUUUCCCCACGGAGCCUGUCACCUCCAAUGUGGCCUCCAAGUAUGAAGAACUGGAAUGUUUAUAUGCCUGUGUCAGCAAGGUUGUGUACGAGGGACUUACGAAUUAUGAAAAGGCGUCAACUGGCUCUCCGUCUCAACUGUUCAGCACACUGAUGAUCCUGAAGGCGGCCUGUAUGCACAAUCACUGUUACAUAGACAGACUCAUCACAACAUUCAUGAAGGUUCUACACAAGAUGGCGCGAGAACACCUGGUCCCCACCUCCCCCGAAUCUAGUCCAGUUGCCAGUGAGCUGAUGAUUCUGAGUCUUGACCUGGUGAAGAACAGGGUCGGGGUGAUGAGUCUGGAGAUGAGAAAGAGCUUCAUCGGACAAAUCCUUGUUGGUCUCAUUGAGAAGACGACUGAUGCCAAAGUGAUGAAAGCUAUUACUAAAAUGGUGGAGGACUGGGUCAAAACCAAGACACCUAUAGCUAUUAACCAGUCGCCCAGUAUCCGAGAAAAAGCCAUACUGUUGGUGAAACUUAUGCAGCAUGUGGAGAAACGGUUCCCUGACGAACAAGAACUGAACGCCCAAUUCCUGGAACUAGUCAACUAUAUCUACCGUGACGAAAGCCUCAGCGGCACAGAGCUAACAUCCAAACUGGAGUCCGCCUUUCUCAGUGGUCUACGCUGUAACCAACCCACUAUCAGGCACAAAUUUGUUGAGGUAUUUGAGAAUUCAAUUCCACGCCGGAUGUUUGACCGUCUCCUCUAUAUCACCUGUACACAAAACUGGGAGGCCAUGGGCACCCACUUCUGGAUCAAACAGUGUGUGGAGUUACUUCUGUCGGUGGCUAUGAAUGGCCACAGCAUCCAGAGCUCCUCGUCCCUGAACCUGUUACCAUCAGCCAGCUCCAUUGUGAAUUUAGCAGACAGCCAGGACCGCGCGGCCUUCCAGACCAUCAUGAAGAUGAAGGAAGAACCGAUGGAUGUGGAAUCCGUGGACUCAAACAAAGAGGAGGAGGAGAUAGACAUGGAGUUAAGUGGGGUGUCAUCAGACGAGAGUAUUCCCAAGGAACCGCCCAAAAAGGAGAACCUGGACCCUCGUCAGAACAUCAAUACUCUGUUACAACGUCAGGCGAAGUUCUUAGAGAGUUGUCGAGAGGUCAAGACUGUGUCGUAUCUAAAUGCCCUGUCCCAGCUGUGCCACACCUCCACAGACCUGGGCCAUGCCUCCUGGGUGGACUCUUUUCCACGGAUCUGGAAAAUUCUCUCCGACAAACAACAACAGAUGUUAGGAGGAGAGCUGAUACCGUUUAUGUGUAGUGGAAGUCAUGUUAUACAGAAAGACUGCCAUCCAUCUUCUAUACACACAUUCCUGGAGGGACUGUCCCACUGUGUCCCCCCGGUACACAUACGUCCCUGUGUCCUCAAGUACCUGGGUCGGACCCACAAUCUAUGGCACAGAGCCUGUCUCCAACUGGAACAGAUUGCAUUUGAGAAUAGUCCAAGUCUUCAGGUGAAAAACCGUCCGGUCAGCGAGUACGAGUUUGAACCGGUCACUUCCCCACAACAGGAGACAUUGGACGGCCUCUGUGAGCUCUACUCUCUACUCAAAGAAGAAGACAUGUGUGCUGGUCUGUGGCAGAAACGAGCCAAGUUUGCUGAGACAAACAUUGCUCUAUCUUAUGAACAACAUGGCUUCUUUGAACAGGCUCAGGCCUCUUAUGAACAGGCGAUGAGUAAAGCACGUUCUGACCACAACUCCGGCCCUGCAUCCCCGUCCGUCCUGCCCGAGUACCGACUGUGGGAGGAGCGUUGGAUACGGUGCUCUAAGGAGCUGAACCAGUGGGACCUAUUGAAGGAGUAUGCCGGGGCCAAGGGUAACACUAAUCCUCACCUUGUCCUUGAGAGUGCCUGGCGGGUCCCUAACUGGGCGCUCAUGAAGGAUGCCCUAGCUCAGGUCGAGUUGUCCUGCCCAAAAGAAAUGGCCUGGAAGGUUAACCUGUAUCGUGGAUAUAUUGCCAUAUGUCAACCUGAUGACCACCAUCUCAACACUGUCACCAUGAUUGAGAGACUGGUAGAGGUGUCCAGUAACCUGGCUAUCAAGGAAUGGCGGCGUUUGCCCAGCAUUGUUUCUCAUAUCCAUGUUCCCCUGUUACAGGCCGCUCAACAAAUCAUGGAGUUACAGGAGGCUGCCCAGAUAAACCAGGGACUCCAGCCGGCCAACAUCACCCGCAGCUCCAGUCUCCACGAUAUGAAGGCCAUUGUCAAAACAUGGAGAAAUCGUCUGCCGAUGAUCUCCGAUGACCUGUCCCACUGGAGUGACAUAUUUACCUGGAGACAGCAUCACUACCAGUUCAUAGUUGAUCACUAUGACAACCACUCACAGCAGGAUCCUCAAAACAGUAACCACUCCAUGUUGGGGGUACAUGCCUCUGCCCAGGCUAUCAUACACUUUGGCAAGAUUGCCCGCAAACACAACCUGACAGGCGUGUGUCUCGACUCCCUCAGCAGAAUCCACACAAUACCCAGUGUACCCAUAGUGGAUUGUUUCCAGAAAAUCCGCCAGCAAGUCAAGUGUUACCUCCAGAUGUCCGGGGCAAUGGGCAAAACUGAACUCAAUGAGGGUUUGGAGGUGAUCGAAUCAACAAACCUCAAGUAUUUCACUAAAGAGUUCACUGCAGAGUUUUACGCUCUCAAAGGCAUGUUCUUAGCCCAGGUUGGGCGAUCUGACGACGCCAACAAGGCAUUCUCUGCGGCUGUCCAGAUGCAUGACACUUUGGUAAAGGCAUGGGCACUCUGGGGCGACUAUCUCGAGACUGUGUUCACUCGGGAAAAACAAAUGAACCUGGGUGUUUCGGCCAUCACGUGCUUCCUGCAUGCCUGUCGUCACCAGAAUGAGAGCAAAUCCCGUAAAUAUCUCGCCAAAGUGCUUUGGUUGUUGACAUAUGACGAUGAAAAGACUACGUUGGCUGAGGCCGUCGACAAAUACUGUGUUGGGGUACCGCCCAUACAGUGGUUACCAUGGAUUCCUCAAUUGUUGACUUGUCUGGUGAGAAAUGAGGGCCGACUUAUCAUCAACCUUCUACAUCAAGUCGGACGAAUGUAUCCCCAGGCCGUUUACUUCCCCAUCCGCACACUGUACCUCACACUGAAGAUAGAACAGAGAGAGCGCUUCAAAAGUGGAGAAUUCAGUUUAUCUCAAGGACGAACAACGUCAGGUCAGACUUCAACAUCAGCUACCAUGGCAACAACAGCAGCAUCAACUACCACCACAACUGUGUCUAAUCCACCGACACCCUCAACACCCGCUACGCCAGGUACACCAGGUAUGUACCUCGUAUCUAAUCCUCCCACACCCUCCACACCCGCUACCCCAGGUACACCAGGUCUAACAUUCUUUUUCAGCCCCUCUACCCAUUCUUUCCUUGCCCAUCUUACCCUACUUGUCGUACUACUCCCUACGCUCUCUCACCUCUCCUUGUUACUUUCCUUUUCCUUACCUCUUUUUCGGCUCCUCUUGCUACCAUCCCUCCUCACACCCUCAACACCCGCUACCCCGGGUACACCAGGUAGGUACCUCGUAUCUAAUCCUCCCACACCCUCAACACCCGCUACCCCGGGAACACCAGGUAGGUACCUCGUAUCUAAUCCUCCCACACCCUCAACACCCGGUAUACCAGGUAGGUACCUCGUAUCUAAUCCUCCCACACCCUCAACACCCGCUACCCCCGGUACACCAGGUAGGUACCUCGUAUCUAAUCCUCCCACACCCUCCACACCCGCUACCCCAGGUACACCAGGUAGGUACCUCGUAUCUAAUCCUCCCACACCCUCAACACCCGCUACCCCGGGUACACCAGGUAUGUACCUCGUAUCUAAUCCUCCCACACCCUCAACACCCGCUACCCCGGGUACACCAGGUAGGUACCUCGUAUCUAAUCCUCCCACACCCUCAACACCCGGUAUACCAGGUAGGUACCUCGUAUCUAAUCCUCCCACACCCUCAACACCCGCUACCCCAGGUACACCAGACAGCAGUGGUACAGAUAACAGUGUUCAGCCAACACAGCAGACAUCUCAGGCCUCGUCUCGACAGAGCUCCACCACUCAAGGUGACGCCGGACCCAUCAGGGCACCUGCUCCCAUGUGGCGCUGUAGUAAGAUCAUGCACAUCCAGCGUGACUGCCAUCCCACAAUUCUCAGUUCCCUGGAGGGCAUCGUAGAUCAGAUGGUGUGGUUUCGUGAAAACUGGUAUGAGGAAGUCUUACGGCAGCUACGACAAGGUCUUGCCAAAUGUUACGCCGUCGCUUUUGAAAACAGAGGAGCAGUGGCUGACGCGACCAUCACACCCCAUACCCUGAACUUCAUGAAGAAGCUAGUCAGUACAUUUGGUGUGGGGAUAGAGAAUGUUUCUAGUGUGACAACAACCUUCUCCUCGGCAGCAUCCGAAUCUCUGGCACGACGUGCCCAGGCCACCGCUCAAGACCCAGUGUUUCAAAAGAUGAAAAGCCAGUUCACCACCGACUUUGACUUUAGUGUUCCUGGGUCAACCAAGCUACAUAACCUCAUCAGUAAACUCAAAAAGUGGAUCAAGAUCCUGGAGGCCAAGACCAAGUUACUGCCGAAGUCGUUCCUGAUCGAGGAGAAGUGUCGCUUCCUUAGUAACUUCUCUCAGCACACUGCUGAAGUCGAACUGCCAGGAGAGUUCCUGCUACCAAAACACAGCCAUUACUAUGUGAGAAUAGCACGCUUCAUGCCACGUGUGGAGAUUGUCCAAAAACACAACACAGCUGCACGACGGCUCUACAUCAGAGGCCACAAUGGCAAGGUUUAUCCUUACCUGGUGGUCAAUGAUGCGUGUCUGACGGAGUCACGGCGUGAAGAACGCGUCCUACAGUUACUACGCAUGCUGAAUCACUUCCUCACCAAGCAGAAGGAGACAUGUCGCCGACUGUUAUAUUUCACCAUCCCCCGUGUGGUCGCCAUCUCACCACAAAUGCGCCUCGUGGAGGACAAUCCUGCCUCGAUCUCCCUCCUGGAUGUCUAUAAACAGAGAUGUGCUAAGCGAGGUAUUGAACACGACGCACCGAUUGCACGUUACUAUGAACGACUGGCAACAGUUCAGGCAAGAGGGGCUCAGGCGAGUCACCAAGUACUUCGUGACGUUCUGAAGGAGGUCCAGACGAACAUGGUUCCACGUGGCCUUCUCAAGGAAUGGGCUCUUCAUACCUUCCUCACAGCGACAGAUUACUGGACAUUCAGGAAAACAAUGACUAUACAGCUAGCCCUGAUGGGAUUCGCCGAAUACGUACUCCACCUGACGAGGAUGAACCCGGACAUGAUGUACCUCCAUCAGGACUGUGGCUACCUCAACAUCUCCUACUUCAAGUUUGACAUAGAUGACCAAUCAGGUGACCUGGAUGCCAACCGCCCUGUUCCAUUCCGCCUCAGCCCUAACAUUGCAGACUUCCUAACAACAACCAGUGUGACUGGACCUCUCACAGCCUCGAUGGUGGCUGCUGCUCGGUGCCUCGUCCAGCCUCAGUAUAAACUACCCAGCUUCCUACGAACCAUUCUCCGCGACGAGUACAUCACGUGGCAUAAAAAGAAACAAGAGGAGACAACUCCAGGGAGUGAGCCAUCAGACAUGGAUGGAGAACAGUUGAUUGUAAUGGUCAGCAAAGCUGUACAAGCCAUUACCACUCGCCUACAAAACCUGGCGAAGUUUGAUGGUGCUGAGAGCAGUGUUAGUACCUUGGUUGCUGCUGCCAACAGCCACGACAACUUGUGCCGCAUGGACCCAGCGUGGCAUCCCUGGCUCUAAUGUGUCACAGCAACUACUCUAUGUUGCAUCCCUGGCUCUAAUGUGUCAUAACAACAACUCCAUGUGGCAUCCCUGGCUCUAAUGUGUCAUAGCAACAACUCCAUGUGACAUCCCCAUGACUGUUGUUUACCAUCAAUGACGAUAUAUAGUCAUCAGUUCAGGAUCUACAUGUGUUUCAAUUCUAUUACUGAUAAAUUUGACAUCCCGAACCAUUGUUACCUAUGUGGUUAUUCUGACAGCCCUUUCUCACUGUCAACGAAUUCCACUGAGAUUUCGUGUGAUGCUUCAAAUUUUUGGUGUAUUUCUAAUAGAUAUGGGCAGUCACCAGGAUAAGUGAUUUGUCUGACAAACAGUUUAUAGUGCAAGGAAGAUGGGAUAUUUCACACAAGCUGGUGGGAUGAUUGAGAUUGAACAUUUUUUACUGGAAUCAGCAUUACGGGCUUUGGUUGGCUAUAUAUUCUUUUUAGACAUGUUCCUGGAAUUAUCUUUGAUCAGAUACUUUCUAAAGAGUAAAAAGUUAAUGAUGUUAGCAGAUACAUUUUCAUCAAGUCUGGAACUUAAACAUCAAAUCCAAUUGAAGGGAUUUUAAUUCUUGAAAGUGAUUAACUUACUUUUCAAAGUAAUUAUCAAAUUACAGCAUACAAAUCGAGGGACAUCACGCGUAUGCUGUAUAUAUGCCCCUACCUAAUUCUACUCUAGGGUGAACUAACGCAUAGAGACAGUGGGAUGAGGGACGAAUCGUAACAUUGGCUAUACAAUAUUUAGGGUGGGUAACAUCCUAUGUAAAUGUCAAUGUCAGAAAAUUUCUGUUUCAUUUAAAGUGUUGUUAAGUAUUCAUUUGUACGUUGAUAGAUCACAAUUGUAAGAGGCAGCAAUAUUGGUAAUGUAUUGUCGUUUUGUUUAAAUUUGGUACAUAUCGGAAUAGUGUUUCUGAUCCUUGAUCAUGUUUUGAAUUCAUAUAGUUAGGUUUAUGUAAAUCGGGAGCCAAACAUUUACUGAUUCCACAGUGGAAACGAGAGUUCUAAGAUGGCUAAAUGGCUAAUUCCAGGGGGAAAACUUUUUGUCCACAGUUGUUAUGUAAUAGAUAUGCAUGUGUGUAGUUUUGAUUUCAUCAAGGUUCCUUAGGAAAGCAUCAUUGGAUUAAAGGAAAAAAGUCAUUAAGGAGCUUAGCUCCAGUUGUGUAAUGCCAUCCUAUGGACAAAUUUGAAUUAAGAAACAUUGGGUUCGAGGCCCCGUUAGGGCACGAGUGAUAAGGGCAGUAAGGGUUACGAGUGAUAAGGGCAGUAAGGGUUACGAGUGAUAAGGGCAGUAAGGGUUACGAGUGAUAAGGGCAGUAAGGGUUACGAGUGAUAAGGGCAGUAAGGGUUACGAGUGAUAAGGGCAGUAAGGGUUACGAGUGAUAAGGGCAGUAAGGGUUACGAGUGAUAAGGGCAGUAAGGGUAAUGAGUGAUAAGGGCAGUAAGGGUUAAGUGUCUUGCCCAUGAACACAACCACAACAACACAGACAGGCCUGUUUCUUAGUUUCCAGAGUAAAACAAAUCGACACUAGUAGGGAGUGGCAAACUUGGCACCUCGGAUCUUCAGCUGAGGUUUAUUUGUUAUGUUAUUUGUAUGUUAUGUAAAUAGUGUAAUGUAAGUAUUAUGUAUAUAUACAAUUAGUGUUCUAUGUAAAUACAAUUGUAAUGUAAUAAAUGAACAAUGUUAUUAAAGACAGAUCAGAGAUAUAUAAA